CCGUGGCCUAAGGCUAUGCUGAGAUUUAUAUCCCAUUUGUAUUGUUGCAGCUCAAAAGAAGAAUGUUCAGAGGAUGACAAGUGUAUUCUGAGUAGAUCUCUGGUGGAAGAGGAGGAUCCUCAUAUGAAAGUGUCUCUUGGUAGCAGCGAUAUGGGCGUGUCUGCCCAUCUACAGUCUUCGAAGACAGGGACCACAAGAUUUUUCACCAGCAAUACUCACAGUUCUGUGGUAUUACAGGGUUUUGACCAACUGCGAGUGGAAGGUUUGCUUUGUGAUGUGACGCUUGUUCCAGGAGAUGGUGAUGAAGUGUUUCCUGUUCACAGAGCAAUGAUGGCUUCUGCAAGUGAUUACUUCAAGGCUAUGUUCACAGGAGGAAUGAAGGAACAGGACUUAAUGUGCAUUAAGCUUCAUGGUGUGAACAAAAUAGGCCUAAAGAAGAUCAUUGAUUUCAUUUAUACCGCAAAACUUUCCCUUAACAUGGACAAUCUUCAAGACACUCUGGAAGCUGCUAGCUUUUUGCAGAUUUUACCUGUUUUGGACUUCUGUAAAGUGUUUCUUAUCUCUGGGGUUUCAUUGGAGAACUGUGUUGAGGUUGGGCGAAUUGCCAACACAUACAAUCUCACAGAAGUGGAUAAAUAUGUUAAUAAUUUCAUCCUGAAGAACUUUCCUGCAUUAUUAAGUACUGGUGAAUUUGUGAAACUCCCCUUUGAACGUCUUGCCUUUGUGCUUUCAAGUAAUAGCCUUAAGCACUGCACUGAACUUGAACUCUUCAAGGCGGCUUGUCGCUGGCUGCGGUAUGAGGAGCCUCGGAUGGAGUAUGCUGCAAAGCUAAUGAAGAACAUCAGAUUUCCCUUGAUGACACCCCAGGAUCUUAUUAACUAUGUUCAAACAGUGGACUUCAUGAGAACUGACAACACCUGUGUAAACUUGCUUUUGGAAGCCAGCAAUUACCAAAUGAUGCCAUACAUGCAACCAGUUAUGCAGUCAGAAAGAACUGCCAUUCGAUCAGACAGUACGCACUUGGUAACAUUGGGGGGAGUGCUGAGGCAGCAACUGGUUGUGAGCAAAGAAUUACGGAUGUAUGAUGAAAAGGCCCAUGAAUGGAAAUCACUAGCUCCCAUGGAUGCACCAAGGUACCAGCAUGGCAUUGCUGUGAUUGGAAACUUUCUUUAUGUAGUUGGUGGACAGAGCAAUUACGACACAAAAGGAAAGACUGCAGUUGACACGGUCUUCAGAUUUGAUCCUCGCUAUAACAAGUGGAUGCAAGUCGCAUCUUUAAAUGAGAAGCGUACCUUCUUCCACCUAAGUGCCCUCAAAGGACAUUUGUAUGCAGUUGGUGGUCGAAACGCAGCAGGCGAGCUAGCCACUGUGGAAUGCUAUAAUCCCAGAAUGAACGAAUGGAGCUAUGUUGCAAAAAUGAAUGAACCCCACUAUGGUCAUGCUGGAACCGUGUAUGGAGGUUUAAUGUAUAUUUCAGGUGGAAUUACACAUGACACUUUCCAAAAGGAACUUAUGUGUUUUGACCCUGACACAGACAAAUGGACUCAGAAAGCUCCGAUGACGACCGUCAGAGGUCUGCAUUGCAUGUGUACUGUAGGAGACAAGCUUUAUGUUAUUGGUGGAAAUCACUUUAGAGGAACAAGUGAUUAUGAUGAUGUUCUAAGCUGUGAAUAUUAUUCACCAACUCUAGACCAGUGGACACCAAUUGCUGCCAUGUUACGUGGGCAAAGUGAUGUUGGGGUUGCUGUCUUUGAAAAUAAAAUCUAUGUUGUUGGAGGAUAUUCUUGGAAUAACCGGUGUAUGGUGGAAAUAGUUCAGAAAUAUGAUCCAGAAAAAGAUGAGUGGCAUAAAGUAUUUGACCUUCCAGAAUCACUUGGUGGCAUUCGAGCCUGCACUCUUACUGUUUUCCCACCAGAGGACAAUACAGGGUCACCGUCUAGAGAAUCUCCUCUUUCAGCACCUUAGAAACAUCCCUUGACUUACGAUGUUGUAGUAACACCUUUGCACUGCAUCAUGGAGUCUAUUAUUUUUCUUCAGUAGUUUCUGUUAGGCUUAGCCUACAGCAUUUGGUACAAUUACUGGAAAAAAAGACUUUGACAUUAUUUGUGCUGUUUGUCUGGCCUAGAAUGUUUGUCAAGUGGUUAACAAAAAACAUGUACUCACACGAGCCAAAUGUUUAACAAAUGGGAAGAUAUUGUCUGUAAAAUGUAUGAAUUAGGUACGUUAUUAAUGUUGUGUAUUGGGUGUGAGGUACCUUACAACUUAAUUUGGAAGCCCAGUGAGUCACAUUUGAAGACCUUGUAUUGAACUCAUUCCUUCACUAAAUUUCAUAAUUAAAAUCCAUUUUCUUUCAUUUUUUAACUGCAGAUUACAAAGGGAGGUAGACUACAUCAAUGUUAGUUAUAACAGAAGGUUGCCAAGGGGCCUGAGCUACCUCCCUCUUUUCACAGAGUAUUUUUGACAUAUCUGUUUACCAACCUGACGUGGGUUUGUUCAGAGCAUACAAAGUUUCUUAGGCAGAGGGGAGAAAUAAUUAAUUUUAAAAUGUUAGUACUAUACAGGAAUUGGACCUUGUAAAGGCUGAGAGUUUUUUUUAUAACAUGAGUGUUUUUCCUGAGUCAGUUGAGUGAUGCUUCAAACACAAAAUUUAAAAUAUUUGGGUAUUUUUAAUUCAUGUCUUUUCAGGAAUUGGCUUCCGCCUACAUGGGAGCACACACUAUAUCAAAUGGGAAUUCAGUGCAGUUGUAUAUUCUGUUGUACACCUGUACUGAAUAUAGUUAGAUAAGGGCUAGAAACAUUAACUUAAGCCACUGAAUUUGACCGAAAUUUUCCAUCAGUUUAAAUUUAGUCUUUUUCUCCUUUGCUGUUGAGAUAACUUGCAUAAUGUGUCCUCUGUAUAGUCUCAGUUAAUAAGGUUAUUUAGCACAAAGUGCAGCUUCAGCAGGAGAGCUGCUUUUGCUCAGUGAACUUGGACUACCACAUUUUACCUUCUUUUGUUCAAUAAAACUUUUAACUGCAGUUAUUCAGUCUAAGCUACCUCAUUAAUGUAUUUGGUUUUCUUUCUCUGCCUCACUGUAUCCAGGAUACGCAUUACGUAUAUCUGUGUGGGUAGAUUAAUUUGCUAGGAAACCACUGCAGAAACGAUCGUGAAUGGGUAUGUUGACCUACUUUUAAGAAACUAUUUUGGUCUGAUGUGUCCAUUUUAUUGUUAAGGACUAGAGAAAAACAAAACACAAAAAACUGUCUUAAUUCUUUUCAUGGAGAACUACUGCCUAUGUAUGCAGCAGUGCAAAUUUUACAGAAAUCUUUUAUCUGCUACAAAAUAUAGUGCACUGCUGACAAA